ACUCAGCCUUCUACUCCCACCUCCAACUCCCAGAAUCUGGCUCUCAGCCUCCCGACCUCCUGCUCCAGCUUCCAAUUCCCAGCUCCAAAUCUGGUCCUUGUCCUCCAUGGCGCUGGCUCUGAUGCUGGCCUUCCUGGCCCUCACUGUCUGCAGCCCAGGCACCCAAGGGAGUGACAGUGGGGCUCUCGACUGCUGUCUCAAGUACAGUCAGAAGCAGAUUCCAGCCUCCAUCGUCAAAAGCUACAGGCGGCAAGAAGUCAGCCAGGGCUGCAUCAUUCCUGCCGUAAUAUUUACUACCUGGAAAAAAUCACAGGCAGAUCUGUGUGCUGACCCCUCGAUGAAAUGGGUGAAAGACCUGGUGAAGCGGCUUGACAAGCAUGGGGGAACCCUGCCAAAACCCAGAUCCCGGACCUGCAAAAAGGAUAAGGAAACCUCCAGGCAGGGCAAGAAGGGCCGAGACACCAAGGGCUGCAAAAGGACUGAACAGACCACAGUCUCCAAAAGAACUACUACCCAGUGAUAGCAUUUAAGACUCCACUGACCCCUGGUUCCCUCACUGCUUUCCUCCCAGGCUCUGAGCUACCAUAUUCAGGUCAUGGAAAAGACUUAGCUGUGACUCCUGGUUCUCUUCCCUUGUCUGCCUAGCUCACCCACAGACAACCUUUUUUUGCUUUGACUUUUUUAUCUAUGUUCCCAGGGCCUUUAAAGCCUAGAGCUGCAGCAAGAUUUCCCAGAGUGAGGUAGUGGGUCCUUGCUGGGAAAAUUUUCCCCAAUCCUCCCCUGGGACCUGGUUUUGGUUCCUAUGCCUGCCCUAGCCCUUUCCCCACAGCCUAUCCCUGCUAGGAGUCAAGAUUGAUUUGUCCCUCUCCCCAUUGUAAAUAUUUUCUGUAUUUUGAUUCAAUAAAGUGUUUUAAUUCCCUA